UUGCCGGUGCACACCGGAAGCUCGCCGGAUGUUGACGGCCUCACGUUGCUGUUCGGAGUUCUACGCGAGUCCUCGUUGAUGUCUGACACUUAACUGCGGGACGUUCGGACAAAACCUCUCAUAAUUGCACCGGCAUGUCGGCGUCGUUGGUCAGAAGAGGACUGGAGCUUCUCAAAAGUGACGUCAAAGAUGUCCGUGACGCGAAGAAGAGGAAGCAGCAGCAGCAGCGGCGGCAGCGGACUCCCGGCUCCUCCACCGUGAUGGAGCUGGUGAGCACCAAGCGGCAGGGAGUCACGCGGCAGGUGAAGCGGCUGCAGGGCCGCCUCGGGCCCGGCAAGAGCAAAGCCACCGUCAAAGACAAGAGGAUCAAGUCUGCAGUGGAGGAGUUCAGGAAGAACCAGAGGAAGAGUCACAUGGCCGACAACCUCAAGUACUUCAUGGGAGCCGACGAUAAAACGCCCGACUCCGACACUGUGAAGAUCCAGAGCCACAACCUGGGGCGGCAGUCGAGGAAUCGCCCGGAGCCGCCGCCCAAGAAGGUGGAGAAGGUGGAGUCUCUGUUCACGGAGGAGGAGUUCCAGCAGUUCCAGAAGGAAUACUUUGGCAGGACUGUCGAGGAGAAGAAAUGAAGCGCACCGUUAAAAACACAGAGACCCUUCAGUCCUCGGAGGAAACGCCGAGCUGCUGCUGCUCACGUCAGACCGUCUCUUCAGCGAAUGCACGAGCACAACGUGUGCGUCGUUGCCUUCAGCCGAUUCAAACGCUGCGGAUCUCCUUCGGUUCUUCAAAUGGAAAUGAAAAGUAAAAUAGUCGUUAGUUCUACUGUGUGGACGACACGCUGAAGACUUCUGUGGACUCUUUUCCUGUUAUAAAUACAUUUCUGCACUGAUCAGUCUGUUCUUACUGAAGUAAUGUAACUAAAGUGGGAACCAACUAACCAGAAAUAAAACGCUUAAGUGAAUCCUGAA